AUGGAUCCCAGCCGCAGCCAGGGCAGGCCACGGAUGCAGCUCGUUUAUGUCAACAGCUUUGGCUCCCACCGCUGCGGCUCCGUCAUCCGCUAUGGCAGGGGGUGUCCGCAGGCUGAGGCGGGCCGGGCUGCGCCCCCGCUUUCCCAGCCGAGCCCCACCAGGGAGACCCAGGGGCUGAGGGCCACCCCGGCGCCAGGGGACAUGGCCGUCCCUGGGCCGCACACUGCCGGUGGCAGGGGGCAGGCGGUGGGGAGCUGUGGCAUGGUGAAGGCCAUCAGCCGCCACCGUGGUGACCUUCGAGAGGCUAAGGCUGACACCUUUGACUUUCCCUUUCCUUCAAGAAAUGUUGAUAAAGCAAUUAAGCGGAAGAAGAAAAAGUCCAAAGUCUGGCUUAAGGUUUGGAAAGUAAUUUCAAAAAUGCUUGAAGAAAAUGAAAAGUUCAGAAGUCGACUCUUGACUUGCAGCCAGGUUAAUGGAGAAGGCAAUGGUAUAAACCAAAGUUCACAGAAUGAGGCAUCCUACCUGGACAGGGAGGAGUCCAUCUUCGGCUGGGUAUAGGAAGAAAAUAAAGGAAGAUUCAAUCCAAAAGAAAAUACAAAAGUAGUGAAUGUUUUAUUUUGGCCUAGUUCUUACUGAAGUUGGUGGCAAGACUGCAAGAGAUUUCAGUGAACACAGGUUCUUUGUUUGGCAUAUGUGCUUCUACUGUUUAAGAGGUUUGUUUUUACAGUGGCUUAAACAGCUCUGUUGCGAGAUAUUUAUUUCAAGUCAUUAAGUCUAGUGUUUCACUUAGCUAUUAGUUUUCAAAAGCUUUUUAAUGAUCAUAAUAUUGUGACAGUUUGCUUGCAAAAGAAUAGAGAUACACAUUUAGCGUUGACUCUGUAUUUAUAUCUAUUUUUGUAGCUUGUCAGAACCAUAAACAAACACAAAUUCAGUAAGGCAGAACUCCACGCAAGAUAUAAAGAAACACUUUUUUUCCUUACUGAUUUGAAUAAAUUUGACUUUAUUAUAUUAAAAUAAUACACAAUUGCCCUUCUGUUCAUUCAUCCAUUUAUACAUGAAUCUCAGCAAAUGUUUUGAAUAUGAAACCAGGUGAAUGUUUUCUGUCUUAUUGUUCAUCGUGAAGCACAUAAUGAUACCAUCAUAAUCAGAAGGUAUUGUUUAUCUACCUGACUUCAAUAACAUGAUAUAAUUUUCUCCUGUUGUGGAGUUUCAUACUUGAACUCUUGAUUGACUGUUAAACCCUUUUAAA